CCAACUUGCUUCCUCCGUCUGAAAGACUCACUUUUGGUAAUCCGUCCAAUGACAUCAUUGGAGUGAGCCAAGCUUAUGCAAUUUAAGGCCACUCCAUUUCUAUAGCGCUUCUCAGGACAAACAACACCUCCGAAGGCAACUCUCGCCAUCAGAAAACCCAGCUGAAGUUGUGAGCUCUUUCAUUUUCUGAGUCACCGUGGAUGGCAUCCCAGACCCUCCUGGAGUUCCAGCCCUCCAACCAGAGCCAGCUCUCGCCUCCAAAUGCCACGUCCUGUGACAAUGCUCAGGAAGCCUGGGACCAGCUGCACAGAGUGUUACCGACAUUUAUCGUCACCAUCUGCUUCUGCGGCCUGCUGGGAAACCUCUUCGUGCUGUCCGUCUUCCUCCUGCCCCGGCGCCGUCUGAACGUGGCGGAAAUCUACCUGGCUAACCUGGCGGCCUCCGAUCUGGUGUUUGUCUUGGGCUUGCCCUUCUGGGCCGAGAACAUCCGGAACCAAUUCAACUGGCCCUUCGGAGCCCUCCUCUGCCGCUUCGUCAACGGAGUCAUCAAGGCCAAUUUAUUCACCAGCAUCUUCCUGGUGGUGGCCAUCAGCCAGGACCGCUACAGUGUGCUGGUGAAUCCCAUGGCCAGCCGGAGGCGGCGGCGGCGGCGGCGGGCCCAGGCCACGUGCGUGCUCAUCUGGGUGGUGGGGGGCCUCCUGAGUGUCCCCACGUUCCUGCUCCGCUCCGUCAAAACUGUUCCGGAACUGAACAUCUCCGCUUGUGUGCUGCUGCUCCCCCACGAGGCCUGGAACUUCGCAAGGAUCGUGGAGUUAAACGUGCUGGCUUUCCUCCUGCCGCUGGCCGCCAUCGUCUUCUUCAACUACCACAUCCUGGCCUCCCUGCGAGGGCGGGCGGAGGUCAGCAGGACGAGGUGCGGGGGCCUCCCGGACGGCAAGACCACGGUGCUGAUCCUCCUGCUCGUGGCUACCUUCCUGGUCUGCUGGGCCCCCUACCACUUCUUUGCCUUCCUGGAAUUCCUGUUCCAGGUGCAGGCUAUCCGAGGCUGCUCCUGGGAGAACUUCACCGACCUGGGCCUGCAGUAUGCCAACUUCUUCGCUUUCACCAACAGCUGCCUGAAUCCAGUGAUUUACGUCUUUGUGGGCCGGCUUUUCAGGACCAAGGUGUGGGAGCUUUAUAAACGAUGCACCCCUAGGAGUCUUACGCCGAUGUCCUUGUGCCAUAGGAAAGAAAUCCUCCACCUUUUCUGGCGGAAUUAAAACAACAGUGAGCCAAGAA